CAUCCGGACGUCACGACAAGAAGAAGAAGGGCCCCAUCUACGCAAAUACCAAAAACCUUGUCAGACAUUGAGGCCACUGAAACGUAGAAGAUGGAACACGCUCAUUCUUUGGCUGGACUCCUGCUCCUCAUCAUCAUCCAAAGCAGCUGGCAGGUGCCUGACCACCAUACAAACUCAAUGCUUUUAAGUGAGAACUCGGUUUCGAGUGAACCUCUCGAGAUCUCCAACGUGAAGAGACAUUCAGAGGGAACAUUUUCCAACGACUAUAGCAAAUACCUGGAAACGAGAAGAGCUCAAGACUUCGUCCAGUGGCUUAAGAACUCAAAACGAAACGGAAGUGUAAUUCGGCGCCACGCAGACGGCACGUACACCAGCGACAUGAGCUCGUACCUGCAGGAGCAGGCGGCUAAGGAGUUCGUCAGCUGGCUGAAGGCCGGACGAGGCAGACAGCAGUAGAUGCAAAACCCUCCCACGCCGCC